AUGCUCGUGUGCAACCUCAAGACAAGGGACGUGCGAGAGGUAAUGAGAGACACCACCACGGCUGCUCUCGGCGCCGCUGCCGUGCUGCUGCUCUCUGCCUCCACUUCCUCCGUGGCGCCGUCCCGCAUACCCUAUACAGACGUUCCCGCUAUUUACUUGAACGCGGAGGAUUCAGAGACUGUUCAACAGUACCUCAGCAAGGCAACCAAUCCCGCCGCCUCCCUCUCGCCGCCCUUCACCACGUUCUCAGACGAAGCCCCAUCAGUCGCCUACUUCUUCUCCACGAGCCCGCCCCUCAACGCCGCCUUCACAAUCACCCCGCGCCUGCUCGCCUCAAACGACAUCUUAAAGCCCGACAUCAUCGGCCCGGGGUUCCAGCUCUGGGCUGCUUCCAGUGGCCUCACACCCUCCUCUUUCUCUGAGCCGCCCGAAUUCGCCUAUCUUUUCGGGACCUCUAUGGCCACACCGCAUCUGGCCGGCAUUGCUGCCCUGAUCAUGCAGAAGAAUUCAAACUGA